UGGCGAAUUCUAGAAACAACUCAAUACUUCUCCAAACCAUUAUCCAGUGACCAAAAUAACAAAAUCAAACAGAUGAUCAUUGACAUUUAAGAACUCGCAUUUCCUCUUAGCUUGCUCCACACACUAAAAACCAGACGCAACGAUGUCGUUUUAUUAUCAAUGGAAGACAUUCGAGGAGGACGACGAUCGGCCGGAGAAGCCUCGAAGCUAUGGAGUAACGGAGAUGCGAGGUCCUCAGUAUACUGUCUUAAGCCAGAAUAUGCUUCAAGAUAUUUUUGAAUCCAUGGGACAAUUUGUUGAUGGUUUGAAGUUCUCUGGCGGUUCCCACAGUCUCAUGCCAAAGUCCUUUGUUAAAGAGGUGAUCGACAUGGCUCACCAGCAUGAUGUGUAUGUUAGCACUGGUGAUUGGGCUGAACACUUGCUUCGUAAAGGUCCAUCCGCUUUCAAAGAGUAUGUCGAGGAGUGUAAAAGUAUGGGAUUUGACACGAUAGAGCUGAAUGUGGCUUCCCUUGGAGUUCCGGAAGAGACACUUUUGAGAUACGUACGCUUGAUUAAGAGCGGUGGUUUGAAAGCAAAGCCUCAAUUUGCAUCCAAGUUCAACAAAUCUGAUAUCCCCAUCAGUGGUAAUAGAGCAUGUGGGGCUUAUAUCCCACCAGCACCUCGAAGCUCUGAACUCAUUGAAGAUGUUGAUCUCUUGAUUAGAAGGGCAGAGAGAUGCUUGGAGGCUGGGGCGGAUACGAUCAUGAUUGAUGCUGAUGGUAUCUGCAAAGAUGCCGAAUCUCUAAGGACAGACAUAAUUGCAAAAGUCAUCGGGCGUCUAGGUCUUGAGAAAACCAUGUUUGAAGCAUCCAAUGCCAAAACUCUGGAGUGGUUUAUCAAACGCUAUGGUCCAAAGGUGAACCUCUUCGUGGAUCAUUCUCAAGUAAUCGGCCUAGAGUGUCUCCGGGGACGCAAAUUGGGUAAAAAUAAUGCUUUAUUCCGUUGAUCAUCAUAUUUGUUGGCAUGUACUGUUGUUCGGAGUGAUUACAAACGUACUGUUGCAUUCUUGUGUGUGAGACUAAUAUUGCUAUUACUCUAAUAUAUAUGUAUGUGUACUCGGUGUUCCUCAUA